AUGUGGGACCCGCUCACUUGGUCGGUUGUUCGAGGGGAUGAAGAUACGGUGAAGCUUCUGUUGAAAAUAAAGGGCAUUGCUGUGGACUCCAAAUGCCCGAAGGGCCGAACGCCGUUAUCUUUCGCUGUCGAGCAAGGGAAUACCAAAAUCACUCGCCUACUGUUGGCCGCAGGUGCAGAUCCAAAUACGCAAGAUGCCAUCCUGCGAACACCCUUGCACUGGGCUGGAUCACCCAUGCUGGCGGUCAAUCCUCGCAUUAUGCCCGACGAGACAUCUUCCAUGAAACUGGGCUCAAUAUCCCAUCAGCCUAUCUACUGCCCAGUGAAAGUCUAUUUUGAAGAUGACAUCCCGGGUUCCAUAAGCUGGGACGAUGCCAAAAGUUUCCCAAAAUACUGCACAGAAUGCUACGAGGCGCGCGACCUGGAUGCAGCCGCCCCUUUAAGCUUAAUUUCUUUGCAUUGGUCUGCUGGAGAAGAAUACGAGGAGAUAUUGCGGCUUCUAGUACAAUACGGUGCCAACCUUGACCUCAGAGACGAGAAGUCCCGGACACCCUUAGGCUGGGCAGCAACAUGUGGAUACCAGCCUUUGCUGAGAAUACUUCUUGAGAAUGGCGCCGUUCUCGGUUCUUUGAAGCAGACUAGGCGCUCGCCUCUCUCAUGGGCCGCCGAGAAUGGGCAUACUGGCAUUGUGCAGUUUCUAAUUGGCUACGGCGAAUCCGUGGAACCCGUGGAAUACGAUGGUGUGCGUUCGGCUUCUCCGCUUUCCUAUGCGGCAAUGAAAGGGCACUAUGAGACCGUGCAGUUACUUCUUGAGAAAACCAUUAAUCGAGAGACCGAAUACAUGGCGCCCGACUGGCGGCCAUUGACUGACGCUGCCGUGGCUGGCCAUGCAAAAGUGGUCAAGCUGCUUCUUUUUGCCCAUGCUCAAAAAUGGCCAGAAACGCCUAUCGGUUCCACGGCGGAAAGCAACUACGCGUUUAUUUCGCCCUCUCCUCAGUGUCCCUCCUAG